ACUCAAGUUCUCACAGUGGAGUUCACGUUAAGGAUAGCUGUAUAGUUAUAAAUGAAUUUACGGUUUUAUCUUAGCGGGUUUUGCAGUCUAGUUUACAUUACCUGAAGUGAGCUGUUUGUAUUACUCACCUGAAGUAUUUCUAUCGGAUAGACAGAUAGCAUGAUUUGAAUGAAUUGGAUCUUUUACAUACGUAACUUAUAAUUUAUCAACGAAACACGAAAUGAAAUUUAUGAAAUAAAAAUCGUUACAGUUACAAUUACGGGGAUAGUUUAAAAUUUGAUGAAAGUGCAUAUAUAUAUUUGAAAGAGUUGUCAAUGUUUAAUUCAAUGGUAUAAAACUGGGAAGGUGUUAGGUUUGGAUAGUGUUAACUGUUAAGAUUGUAUAAGGUGUGUGUUGGUAUAAAAGUGUCCCAUGCUGAACUUGGAUACAAAUAUAGAGAGUCGGAGGACAAUGUCUUUAUUGGAGCCGCGGUUAAGUGACUUAAGAUCAGGGUUUGGUGGUUACAGUUUGAACAGUAGUGUCAAUUUACCAACAGUGCCAUUUCUUCCAUUAUGGCAUCCGCCACCACCCGGGCCGGCAGUAUCGUGGUGCACAAUACCCAACUGUCCUUGUGCUCUGUCAAGGUCGCAUCUUCUCUCUGAACUUUACGAUUAUUCGUCAGUUAAUCCAUACUUAUGGUCGUCAUGGUAUUUAAAAGCAGCUCAAGACCCCCUAUAUAAAGGUGUUCCAUUGCCGCCGCCUGUUCCAACUUCAAUCGAGGGACCACCGGUGCUGACCCAAGCUCCUGAACAUGUCGAGUAUGACGCUCGGCCAUCGUAUGGCAAGGAAUUACCUACAAAAAUGAACAUGCAUGAAAGAGUACAGAAAUGGUUAGAAGUUUCUAAACCACCAAAAUAUGAGAAGGAACACCACACUAUACAUAAACAGAUCAGUUCAGAGACAUCAUUACAUCGGAAUUCAUCACCAUCGCCAGAUCACUAUAGAAACGGAGAGCCCCAGCCAUAUAAUCUACACAAUUACUUGCCCAGUCAUGCAUCAAUGCACUCACCACCAACUCGCCCACCGCCGCCGUGUUACCCUCACUCGAGACUUGAGCUUCCCUCACCACACGAGGGACCGCUGAACCUAACAAUGAAUAACAAUAAUAAUGCAAACAAUGGAAGCCAUAGUCCUACGCAGAGCCGACCCUCCGUGAUUACCUGCACGACUCUUCCAGAUCGUAGAUUUGAUACAAAUAGCAAUGGCUCGUUGAGUCCUAGUAGGAAAGAAUCUUCUACAGAUAUUUGUGACCCUGCUAUUGAGGAACAUUUUAGGCGAUCACUUGGCAAACACUAUCCGGAAUAUCUUACAAGGAAUCCUUCAGUAACACCAUCUCCCCCACCCCCAUUGCCUCAGACUGUGCCUAUAGCCCCACCCAGGCAACCAUCACCGGGGAAUGCCAUGACACCAUCAGCACCAGCUGCUAACAAAAAUGUCUCUAUAACAGGAUCAGUUGAUGAUCAUUUUGCACGAGCGUUGGGAGACAGCACAUGGUCGGCACUCAAACCAAAGAACGAUCAGUCUGAAGCCGCAGCCCCUAAUUCUGUUGACGAUCAUUUUGCUAAGGCUUUAGGGGACACAUGGCUUCGGUUAAAAGAUAAAAAGGAGCAGCCUCGUGUACCAGGAGCUCAUCCUUUUCCUUUGUCUCAUCCAAUACCCCACCCACUGCCACAUCCAAUCCCUCGUGCACAUUCCUUACCUCAUCCAGUGCCUCAGAGGCCGACAUCACCAUCAUCGCAGUCACAUAGUGGACCGUUAUUAUCAACAUGAAACUUUGUAAAAGAAAUUUAAAAACAAACAAAUUUUAAAAUGGUCAGUAGUCUACAAUCAGCCACGAGUAUGGUUCAAAAACAUGAAAAUGUGUUCCGAAAAUGUGUUGCAAAAAGGGCUUGUUACGAUAGAACUUGAUGGAAUUGCUACGUAAAAGUUUGGCAGCAUUUUCUCUGUAACAGAAUAGCUGAACCAUGAAGGAUCAUGGGAGUUCCAAGGAUAAAGCUUGUUUAAAUUGUGGAUAUAUCUAUGAGGGAAAAGUUACAUGAAUGGUGUUUUUAUUAUUAAGUGUAACAAUGCAAUUAGUUUGCCUUAGAAGAAAAAAUAAUGUGCAAAUAUGCCAAGAUUACAUGGCAUUGUCAUUAUAUGGGUAUGUUUUGUGUUAUGAUUGAGUUUGCAUAUUUAAUUUGACAUGUGUAGUGAAGUGGUUUAUUUGUAAGCAGGCCAUUCUCCUGGAAAAAAAUAUUAGAAGUACCUUACCUAACGAUACGAGCUUGCUUAUUAUUGUUAUGCGAGAAGGAAUUAGUUAUGUUAUUAGAACUUGGGCAUUUAAGAGUAUAUAUCUGUGUUGAAUGAAAAUUAUAAAUUGUUUAUUAAUUAAAAAAGGUCGUUCACAAAAAUUGUCUAACUUCACUUGAAGGCUUCUCUUAGAGAAUUGUUAUUAUAAACUGUCUGUCUGUCUUUGUCAAUCAGGAAUGUAGAAGACCAGUAUCAGUUUGGGGAUAAAAUUAACAAAGAAAGAUAAUCAGUUAUUAAAUAAUUAGAUAAUGCUCUGAAUUCUAUUUAGAUUCUUUAUUUUAGUACUACCAUUGCUUGACAAAAAUAGAAACAUCACCAUAAAACUGUCAUGUUUGAAUGUAUUGUGAUGUAUUAGUAUGAUAAUUAUUGUAUUUUUAAUCAACCUAUAUAGAUUUAAAAAAAGGAAAGAAAAAAAAUCAAAUUCUGCUGUUUUAUUGCUGGCCUCAAAAGACUAUUUAUGCUAUAAGGUCUUUUCUAGGAGGUGGUCUUUUUUAACUGUUAUACUGUACCAUAACAGUAAUUUUGAAAUAUCAACAAAAUACAGAAUGUCAUUUGUUAAAAGGGUUUUGACAGGAAGAUGGGAAUAUUUCUAAACCCGACAGCUGGUGUAAUAACCUGAAAUGAAUGAUACCGUAUAUUGUACCUAACUGAUAUAAAUCAAUCCUAAUUGCUUGAUUUUGUAAAAUUGAUUUAAUUUUUAUAGUCUUAUGAGUUAAUGGGGUAAUCUUUAGAGGGCAAACUUACCCUUUUAUUGCAAAUAAAAUGAAAUUAUGAUUAUUUAAAUAACUUAGAUAUAUCAUUAAUUAUCUAAUGUUUUGACACUAAAGAUUAUUUCUUAUAAAGCUUAUAUUUACAUUUUGAAAUUGUCAAAUUGAAACUUGUGACUUAUUACAUAAACAAAUUACCUGCAAUCCAACAUUAAUUUUGAGGGAAAAAAAAUCAUAAGAGCUGUGCCGUGACAAAACCAACAUAAUGGGUUUGCAACCAGCAUGGAUCCAGACCAGCCUGCGCAUCUGCGCAGUCUGAUCAGGAUCCAUACUGUUCGCUUAAAAACCCUAUAACAAGUAGAGAAACUGAUAGCGAACAGCAUGGAUCCUGAUCAGACUGCGCGGAUGCGCAGGCUGGUCUGGAUCCAUGCUGGUCGCAAACCCAUUAUGUUGGUUUUGUCGUGACGUGGCUCAAAUCAUAAUGGAUUUUAAGAUAAUGCAAUUCUCUGAGGAAAGUGUUUAAGAAGUCUUCUUAUCUUGUCUUAUAGUUAAAAGUUAUGAAAAAAAAUAUGUAAAGUUUAUUGUUAAAUGUACAAAAGUAAAUAAAAUGUACAAAUGCUCAA